GAACCAAGGCGUUCAUUGGGCCGCAUAGCCGAUGAACAAAGCAACGACAUGCCUGCCAGGAAUACUGCGAGAAUAACAAUAAUGACAACUCUGGUAUAUAGAUAGGAUCAACACAGCUUGGUCGGCCGGGGACACCGGAUCCAUCUGGGCAGGUGGAGCUACGAAGACGCACGGUGCAAAAAAAAAAGGAUUCAAAUCGACGGAUCCGACAAGUGACAUUCAGGAUGCAGACGGCACCUUGGCCCAAGGGGAAGAAGUUAGUCCACCUGGAUCUGAAAGGCGCCCCUCCGAGGAUCGACUACAUCUACAGGUUGAUUGAACUGUUCGCUCAACUGGGAGCGGAUGGCUUACUGGUGGAAUACGAGGACAUGUUCCCUUACUCGGGGGAGCUGUCACUGCUGCAGGCCACAGCACACCCCGCCUAUAGUCGUGAGGAGGUCUUAUCUAUCCAGGAUGUUGCCAGGUCCAAGGGUCUGGAGGUCAUCCCCCUGGUCCAGACCUUUGGUCACAUGGAGUUUGUGCUGAAGCACCGGUCCCUUUGGGGCCUCAGAGAGCUCAGCCAGUGCCUGGGGACCCUGAGCCCCCACGGGGAGGGGGGGCCACGGCUGGUCCUGGAGAUGCUGAGGCAGGUGGUGGAGCUGCACCCGGGCCUCAGCACCCUGCACAUCGGGGCGGACGAGGUCUACAUGCUGGGCGAGGGGGAGGAGUCUAAGCGCUGGCUGAGCACCCCUGGACGCACGGUGGAGCAGCUCUUCCUGAGUCACGUGACCAGGGUGGCCGGGGCGGUGAAGGAGGCGUGGCCUCACCUGAACAUCGUCAUGUGGGACGACAUGCUCAGAGGGAUGAGCCACGACACGCUCAAAGCCAGUGGUCUUGUGGGCCUGAUUCAGCCCAUGCUGUGGGACUACAACCCGGGUCUGAACGUGGAGGAAACGGUGUCCCUGCUGGAGAAGUACUGCGCUGCGGGGCUCACGGACCUGUGGGCGGCCAGCGCCUUCAAGGGCGCCAGCGGCGUGCACGCCAGCGUGCCCGGCACCCAGCGCCACGUCGACAACCACCUGCAGUGGCUCCGGGUGGCGGGGGCCGUCUCCCCGGGGGUCCGCCUGCUGGGCAUCGCCCUCACGGGCUGGCAGAGGUACGACCACAUGUCCGUCCUGUGUGAGCUGAUGCCGCUGGCGUUGCCCUCGCUGGCCUCCUGCCUCCAGACCCUCAUCCAGGGACACUUCGGGCCCCAGGUCCAGGCAGCCGUGACCGGGGCCCUGGACAUCUCCUCCGUUGAGAUGGAUACCUUAGACAGGACCCCCGCGGAGGACUCUCUCUUCGCCGGGCGGAGGCUCGCGGUCUCCGUCGUGGAGCUGUCCCAGCUGCUGAACUCGGAGGACGUGCGCCACUUUGAGAGCAGCAUGUAUGUGAGAGGAUGGUUCAGCCCCUACCACCGCCAGAGACGGGCCAUCAACCCCCUCAUCUGCAUGCAGAUCCAGAGCCAAGCCACCACGCUGCUGACCAUGCUGGAGGAGCGGGCGGGUGUGGCCAGGGUGGAGAUGGAGCGCCUGUACCCGGACUCCACCGCCCAGGAGUGGAUGGAGCAGCACCUCAGCCCCGUGGCCGAGCCGCUGCGCCGCAUCACAGAGGAGAUCAGCGUCUGUCUGCCGGAGAUGGUGCCGCAGCAGUGAGCGAGGCCACAAAGGCCCCCUCAUGGCCCCAGGCUGGCCCUCCUCUGGCCCCCAUGCUGGCCCUCCACUGGGCCCCAUGCUGGCCCUCCACUGGCCCCCCUGCUGGCCCCAUGCUGGCCCCCAUGCUGGCCCCCCUGGCUGCAGCAUAGACGUUCUGGAGGCUGAGUUCUGCUGUGUGCCCGGGACACUCAUGUUUUUAAGCUGCACUGGGGAAAUAGAGCAGCAUGAUUAAACAUGUUGCUCCCAUGCCCACACACGUUGAACUAAAUCGUCAUCAUUAUUAUUAUCUGCAUCAUAGUCACUAUCAUCUGCAACAUUAUCGUCAUCUGCAUUGUCGUCAUCGGUGAAGUGAAAGGAGAUCUUUUAUUUAAAAAAACGUUUUAUUGACAGUAAAAAAUGUAAAAUCAAGUUGCAAAACUAAACUUCCAGAGUUAUUUGAAGCACUCUCGCUCACGUACGGCUGGGAUGCAGUGAUAGGCUGAAUUCCUGUUAAUUCCCUUUUUGUUUGGGAGCAUUUUCCUGAGGUUGACUUGAUUCUUUGGUUUGGAACAAAAAUAGAGUCAAUAAAUAAAUAUGUGCACACAAAUGCACACACACACGCAACCAAAAACGAAACAAAACAAAAGCAUUUAAUCGUCUCCCGUACCAAAAAAAACACAUUGCUGGCAGACCAAAGCCAUGGCAAUCCUUCAUGCUCAAUUAUAGUUUACAGGCACUUGAGUAAUGGGUUGGUGUAUAAACAUGCGAAAGGGUGAUUAUCUACGGGGUGGCCCGUUUUACUGUGGGAAGCCCGUUUUUUGAACGGCUUACCCAGACAAACAUACAUUACAGUUUAACAGAGAGGCACAAAAACCGACGACGUCAUCUCGACAAUAGAUCUCUGAAAACAGCACUUAGAGGAAUGCCAGAGCUGUGGCCUGUGUAUGCAACUUCGGCUAGAAUGUAUCUUCUUUUUCUUAUCGAGCCACGUCCCUACAACAGCUUAUUGAGCGGUCAAGGGUUCGUCCUGAGAGUCGCUGCUGUGGUCCAGAUCCUCCUCCUCUUCCUCCACCAGGGCAUCGUCUUCCUCCUGCUUCAUGCGUCUCUGGAGCUCCUCCAGUCCCAGGAAGCGCUUGAGCAGGGCCCCAACGGCCUCCACGUCGCUGGGGGUCACACAGAGAGAGACCGCCGUCACGGACAGUCGACCAGUCACGAACAGUCGACAGUCGACCGCAGUUUAACACACAACAUCCCUCACUCAAGUUGAUCCAACACAUGAACAUGCAAAUAGGGUGUGCGAAUGUGUGUGCGGUGUUGCAGUACAUGUGUAUGCUUUUGAAUACAAAUGAUAGAAUACAUACAAAUAUAAAUCAGGCCAACCACAUUUGGAUCAGCAACAAAUGUUAUUUUAAUCCUUUGAUGUAUAAGCCUGAUGUUUGAUCUGAAGGGAUCAGGCAGGUGUAAAGCUGGGUUUCUGGAAACCGCACCCACGCAUCACCAUUGAUGAAACAUCACUGGCAGACCAAGCCAUGAAAAUCCCUCAAUCACAGUUAAUAGGCUCUGGAGGUAUGGGUUUGUGUAUCAAUAUAGAUACACAAACCAUUGAAAUCUUGCAAUUUGUUGUGUACAAUAAGUAUAUGUAAUACUAAAGUACACUUCCAAUUGGUUACUACUUUGUACCUGUGUAUAAUUUUAAUUGCAUGACUUUUUGCUUUGCCUUGAACACUAUUAAGGUACAAUGCAUCGGUAUUAUGCAUAAACACAAUUCAUGCAUAAAAUUGCAGGAAACCUUUGAAACCACCAUGAACAAACCAUUGAAACCACCAUGAACAAAAACAUCUUGAUUUUGUACAUGUUCAACCCAAAUGUUUUACACUACAGUACAUUAUGUACAUUUAAACCACUGUAAGAGGCGGGGUUGGAAGGUUAGAUCCCCUGCUCCUCCUUGCUCUUACAGAGUGUCGAGGUGUCCUUGAGCAAGACUUCUCACCCUGACCGCUCCUGACGAGCUGGCUGUCGCCCUGCGUGGUCGACUCCGCCGUCGGUGUGUGAACGUGUGUAUGAAAGGUUGUAAGUUGCUUCUGCUCAAUGCCCUCAACGUAAACGUUAGACCCCAGAACCAUUAUCAUCAUUCAAAUGUAACGUUCAAUAAGCCAACACUUUGGUCCGCCUAAUGGCGGCACCCGCAGGCAUCCAGGUACUCACCUGCGCCCCCCCAUGGUGGCGCUC